UCUACAGUCUACAUAUUCUGCACUCCAGUGAUGCUUCCACCAGGCACCAGCUGAUAGGUUGAAGAAGCCAAGGACCUCCAGGCUCCAGCCAGCGUCCAUCCAUGGCGCCGCAGCACUUCCUGAUCGUCGCGUUCCCGACCCAGGGCCACAUUAACCCGGCGCGUGCCCUCGCAGAGCGCCUCCUGCGGGCCAUGCCGGGCGCUCGUGUGACGCUGUCUACCGCCGUGUCCGCGCACCGGCUCAUGUUCCCCUCGCUCGCGUCCCCGGACGAGGAGGUCCACGAUGGCGCCAUCUCCUACGUCCCCUACUCCGACGGCUACGACCACGGUUUCCACCUCUUCGCCAACGACGGGGACGACGCGCGGAGAUUCUGUGAGGCGUUCAGCCGGGUCGGCCGCGAGACCUUCUCGUCGGUGCUGGACCGCCUCGCCGCGCGGGGCAGGCCCGUGACGUGCGUCGUGUACUCCAUGCUCAUGUGGUGGGCCGCCGAGGUCGCCCGGGAGUGCGGAUUGCCACGCGCGCUCUACUGGAACCAGCCGGCAACCAUGCUGGCCGUGUACUACCACUACUUCCACGGGUACGAGAGGAUCGUGACGGAGCACGCCGCCGAACCGGGGUUCACGGUGUCCAUGCCAGGCCUCCCAAGGAUGGCCAUCCGCGACCUCCCGAGCUUCUUCACCAACCUCACGGACGGAAGGCUCGAAGCGGCGUUCGGCAACAUCCGCAGGACGUUCCAGCAGCUGGACCUGGACGUCCCCAUCAGCACCGGAGGAAGGAAACCCAUGGUGCUCGUGAACACCGUGGAGGCGCUGGAGCUCGGCGCCAUCGCGUCCGUGCCUGAACUGGACGUGCUCCCCAUCGGUCCGGCCGUCCUAUCGCUCUUUGCUGAUGGCACGAGGAGUGGCACAAACGCCGUUGUAGGAGAUCUCUUCGAGCACGACGAAAAGGGUUACAUGGAGUGGUUGGACGCGAAGCCGGCGCGGUCAGUGGUGUACGUGUCGUUCGGGAGCAUGUCGGCAGCAAGCAAGCAGCAGAAGGAGGAGAUGAAGCGUGGCCUCGCCGCGAGCGGCCAGUCGUACCUGUGGGUGGUACGCAAGGACAGCAGAGACGACAAUGACGACGGCGGCGACAACGAGCGGAGCAUGGUGGUGGAGUGGUGCGACCAGGUGCGGGUACUGUCUCACCCGGCUGUUGGGUGCUUCGUAACGCACUGCGGGUGGAACUCGACGCUGGAGAGCGUGGCGUGCGGCGCGCCGGUGAUCGCAGUGCCGCAGUGGUCCGAUCAGGACACCAACGCGCGCCUCGUCAUCGAGUGGGGCAUUGGUGUGCGCGCCGCAAUCGAUGCCGACAGGUUUCUAGACGCCGAGGAGCUCACGAGGUGCGUGGAAAUAGUCAUGGGUGAUACAAAGGAGGGUGCUGCCAUACGAAGCAGCUCGAUAGCAUGGAAGUCAAAAGUGAAGGAAGCUAUCACGGACGGCGGCUCGUCGAAGGAUAAUCUGAGGACUUUCCAAGACCAGUUUGCAAAUGAUGCUUAGAAGGAGCGCCUUGCUGCUUCCUUGGGUUGCCGUAUAUAACACCUCUUUGAAUUGAACCUUAUGCUUAAGCAGUCCCGUUCUCAUGAUUUUUUAUCAAAGAAAUCUAUUGUGAUGAAUUGAAGAAUAUAGUAAUA